AUGACGUCACGUGAGGGAACGGUGACAGGACAAGAUGGUCGCGGGGAGAUCAGACGAGGACAAAUCCUGAAAGCAUCAAUUUCGUCUUCAGGAGCAGUACGUGCCAGACAGCCCGGGGACGCCCGGUGCAAGAGAACUGCUGUGGUGGGGUGGGCAUUUGAUAAAGAAGAACACGAAGAAUGCAUUAGAAGAUCAACAGUGUGUCUGCAAACUGUGGAAAAAUACGGCGAUGAGGAAAUCUCUGACAAGCGAGACUUGGUGGCGAGAAUUCAUAGUUACCUGGGCAAUUCUCUCUUAGAAGAACGCGAGUAUGACGAGGCGAUCAGACAUCACGAAAAGGAUCUCGAAAUCGGAGAAGACUGUCAAAAAUCUUCAGGAAUUCCAAGUAAACUCGAUGAGCCAAUAUCUCGAGCCCUGGGUAACCUGGGCCGAGCGUACUUUCUGAAGAAGCAGUACAACAAAGCAUUAGGAGCAUUUGCACGGAAAACCAAACUGGCGACACAGCCAGUUGAGUUGGCAUGGCUCUUCCAUGAAAUCGGGAACUGUUUCCUGUGCCUCAAUCAAUUCCAGCACACCUGCGCAUGUGCAAACAAGUCCCUGGACGCCGCGUUUGAAGCUGAUAAUACACUGUACCAACUGCAGUCGUGUGUUUUGCUCGCAGUAGCCCAAGUUAAAUUAGAACAGUAUGAAGUUGCACAUGCCACGUUUGAACGGGCGCUGGAUUUGGCUAGACUUCAAGGUGAUACCCAAUCGGAGGAGCUGAUCAAAGCGGCACUCGGUGACGUCAAUGAGAACAUAUCGCGAGAGCUACGAGAGAAGCUGAACGUUAGAGGACCUUCACAGUGCAGGUCGCAUCAUCACCAAGAUGCUGACGUUGACGCUGACGGUGACGGUGACGAACAACGUGGUCGUGUAGACAACGUGGCAAAACCUGAUGCGGUAUUAGCGUCAGACAGCGAUGGUUCGAGAAGUGGAAGUAGAACUGAUGAAAGACGACUGACAUCAAGUGAGGAUGCAGAGGAAACAUAUUUGGGCGAUAAAGACAGUGAUAAAGAAAAUUAUGGCAGAAAAAGCCAGGAAAUAAACUGUGAUGAUACAGCGACUAUUGGUACUAAAAAUGAAAACAAAGCAGACGUCGAUAGCAAAGACCGGGAAGCAGAUGUUGAUACAAGUAAUCAAGAAGCAAACAUUGAUAUUAAAAACCAUGAAGCAAAUUGCACUGAUCGUAAAAACCAAGAAGCAAAUUACACUGAUCUUAAAAACCAAGAAGCAAACAUUGGAAAGAAAAACGAAAACACCGAAAAUAUUGAUAUUCAAAACCAGGACACAAAUUCUGAAAUUAAAAGCCAAACAGAAAGUGAGGACAGUCAGACUGAAAACGAUCGAAGUAAUUCCACAGGAAAUAGCAAAUCUUGGUCUAAAUCCAGAGUAUCCUCAACCUCUGGUGACGUAGUUCUAGCCCAGAACAACGGUGUCAGAAAUGCCACAGAAAGAAGUCAUUCAAGGGACACAACUGCGAAUAGCCAUCGGACAGGAAAGACGGGUAUACGGAGUGGUGGAUCGAAAACAUCUGAAGUUCUCCAGCCGAGACACGGAAGCACGUCAUCGUCACGUGAUCAGCAGCAUCGUCAUCAGAACGGGGAGAGGACCGGUACAACUGGAAGUGUGAACCACUGUCAAAGAGGCGAAGACAAGGACGCCAAUGCCGUAAAGGGCAAACAGAGUAUGACGUCAUAUGUAUCCAGGAAGACAACACCCCCGAUUGAUAUUGUUCCCGUUAGGGAAUCGGACAAAGACAAGAUUUCAAAGGAGCAAUUCGAAAGUGAGGUAUAGCAUAUUGUCGGGGAACGUAUAUAUACACCAGGAGCCACGUUCCACGAAGCGAUCUUAGUACUAAGAUCACCUUAGUGCAUAAGGUAGCUAUGCAGUUACGGUGAUCUUAGGGCUAAGAUCGCUUUGUGGAACGGGGCCCAGGACAUUACUCGAUGUCGUAAAAUCUCGAUGUCGAUCCAUCGGUUUGCUCAUGAAUAUUUAGCAGACAUGCGGUAGUUGACGACUCUCGAUGUCUACGAUCUAGACUCUUCCGGUGGUUCACAGGCACUUGGCACAGAUUAGUAUGCAUACAUAAAAUUGUUGUAUUUUGGUAAAAUUCGUCCGAACCCCCCCCCCCCCCCCCCCCCCCCCCCAGCCUACGCCCCUGUAUAUAUAUUAGGGAUUCUUGCUACUAACGGAAAAAUGCAGCGGGUUUCAAAAUUUUCAAAUGUACUUAACAAACUUUAAACUUUAUAUUGUUGGGAUCGAAAUUUGUGUUGUAAAUACAUACACUUUAAAUGGCAAUAAAAUAUUGUGGAAAUAUAUAUAAUUUACCAAUAUACACAACAUGUAUUUGUGUACACCAUUCUGGAAUUAUAUUACAUUGAUUUACCAAUACACAAUGCUGUGUGCCGAGUGCCUGUGUGGUGGUGGUAGUGGUUAAAUGUUACUGGAUGCAAGUUUAAAACAUCAUGCUGCAAUCCUCGUUAUAAAAUCCGGCGGCAGACGUUCGCACAGAGGAUCACGGGUUCGAAUUUUCUUGGUGGAGGUUGAAUAAUUAUCUGUUAAAUACUUAUAUGUAUAUCAAAAGAGAAACCCGUUUGCUGUGACAUCGUAAAUAUGUACAUGUAUAUGUAAAUAAAUUAUAUAAAAUAUA